GAGCAGCGACACGCUGGACGACACCACCUGACACACAAGUGUGGAGGGAGGCGGGGAGACAGCUCAAGAAGUGGUACACUCCAAACCAUUCUUCAGCCUUCCUCCGGCCCGCGUGACGUUCGCACUACGCACCAAAGUGGUGCUCGGCCUGACUUCUCAAGCAGAGAGAUAAAGAGAGACGCAGGAGUGGGCCGGGAUGGUCUUGCAGCUGCGCAGUAGAGCCAGCAGGCAGUGACAGACGCCGCGGAGAAGGCCUUUGGGCCGAGGCUAUGGCCGAGCCCAGGGAGGUCCCAGGCGGCAGCCCUGACGAAGGGGGAGCCGCCGCCACCGCCGCCGCCGACUCCAAGGCGCUGAGCGCAGGAGAAUACUCCCGGCGUGUGCACCAAUGGCUUUGGGACUCGUAUUGCGGUUACCUGAGCUGGCAGAGCGGCCUGGCCGCCCUCAUGGCAGGAGCCGCCACGGCAGCUGCCUCUGCCACCGCCCCGCCGCCCGGCGCUUACUACUACAGCCCCUUCUACUCCCUCCUCGCGACCCCUCCGGCCCCGGCGGCUCCUGAGGCCCGCGCGGCUCCGGCUUGGCAACCGCCAACAGCGGGCAGGCUCGCGCCGCUGACCCCACGCGCGGCUGGUCCCGCCCCUGCCAGCUCCCUGCGGGACCCCGGCCGGCCGGCAGGUCGUGAAUUUACUAUCCCCUCCUUGGCUCACAGAUUUAUAGCGGAGAUGGUGGACUUCUUUAUUCUUUUCUUUAUUAAAGCAACCAUUGUUUUGAGUAUUAUGCACCUCAGCGGAAUAAAAGAUAUCUCCAAGUUUGCCAUGCACUACAUCAUAGAGGAAAUAGAUGAGGACACCUCCAUGGAAGACCUGCAGAAGAUGAUGAUAGUAGCUCUUGUCUACAGACUGUUAGUCUGCUUCUAUGAGAUUAUUUGUAUUUGGGGAGCAGGUGGAGCAACCCCUGGAAAAUUUCUGCUUGGCCUUCGAGUUGUAACAUGUGAUACAUCUGUACUUAUUGCACCAAGUCGUGUGUUAGUGAUUCCAUCCUCUAAUGUGAGCAUGACAACAUCUACAAUACGAGCAUUGAUCAAGAAUUUUUCUAUUGCUUCUUUUUUCCCUGCAUUCAUUACUCUGCUGUUCUUUCAGCAUAACCGAACAGCCUAUGAUAUUGUUGCAGGGACAAUUGUGGUAAAAAGAAAUGGUAUCAGAUGAUACCUGAGGAAUCAGACUUUUUUGUUGAUACUAGCUGAUUACACCUUGUUGGACUGAAUGUCUCUCCAGAACAGUGCCAAUGAUAUACUGAAAAUUUCCCCCUUGCAGCAGUGCCAAAAACAGUGAAGGAAGAAUGGCACUGGUUUGAGAGUAUUUGAACUGAGCAAGAAAACUGAAGACAUUGUCACGUUGCAAUAAGACUGUCUCUAGCUUGACAGUUUGGAUCCUAUACCAAAAUGUAGACUCUUGAUGAAUGCCCACACUUAUUACAGGAGGUAAUCAAAGGGAUUAAUGCCUGUGAGGGAAACAGUGCUACAAGCAGUUGUAGAUUCCUAUUUUGGUAGACUACUAAGGGUUUACCACUUUAUAAAAAGCCUUAUCAUGAACCACUGAAACACAAGCAUUGUAUUUUCAUAUUCAAAUUUUCUGUAAACAUAGUGUUAACAUCUUGCAUGAUAUCUUCAAUACUAUACCAAUUACUAAACAUGUCAAAUUAUUGUGGAGGGCAAGUAAUUUUGGUAUGAGUGAAUUUGUAAAUUUGCAAGCUUUGGCAGUAGUAUUAAAUGGAAACAAAGUACAAGUUAAUAUUGCUUUUGGUAAAUGGAGAAGAAAGCAUUUGAUUUCUCUCUCCCCCUCCCCUCAUUCCACAGACUCUCAUAGAGACAACAAUUUCUUGUAAGAUGCACAGGAAACAAACUACUACAAAUACAGGAGGACCUCGCUAUUCACAGGUCCAGCAUUCGCGUAUCCGCGGUCGGGUAAUUAGUACCCAACCUCAGUAUAGCGGGGAGGGUUAAUAAUGUAUCUGCAGGUCAGGGGUGGCUGGAAAUGUCCUUGGAAGGAAUUUCUGGAUGCCAUUUUGAUUGCUGGAGUUAUUGGGAGCCGGUAUGGCUGAAACCAGGGCAAAACCUGCGAUUUUUAGUUGAUUUAUGGCCAGGUUUUGGCACGGUAGUGUAGUUUGCAGUAUGGUUGGGCACUUCAGGGGGUCAUUUGGAAGCGAUUUGGGGGCAAAAAAACCUGCUCUUGCACCUGGGAACCUAGCCCCCCAAUUCCCAUUGCUCUAAUGCCGUUGUUUGCAGAUUUGGUAUAUGUGGCUCCCCCACGGAACAAAACCCCUGUGAAUAGUGGGGUUCUCUUAUACUUCUGAAAUAUUAGUAUACUUCCACGUUGAAUUUGAGCCAAAACAAGUUUUAUACAUAGCCUUUUGCACCAUACUGUAAUUUAAGAACUGCUCUUAAAAAAACCUGUCACCAAAGUAACAGAAGAAAUUUGUACAGGGUGUUUGAAAAACAAAUCUAUAAAAAGGUAAACGUUCACAUAUCUGGUUGUGUGUCUGGAUAACUUAAACUUAACAUUUUGCAUGAUUGUUUUUGCAUAUACAACAAUUAGGUGAAUAGCUUACACAUCAGUAUCCCCUUUUUCUUGGGCUUGAUGACACUUGACAUGCUUCUUAAACUAUUAAAGUUCUCCAUUAGUCCUGUAGGAUUAAAUACUACUCUAUAACUAGAAAGAUUCCUACUGUAUUGUUUCAAGUUAAUAUAGGGAACUAAUUUAUGCCAAAAAAACCCCAGUGUGGUGUUAUAAUAUACAGGUAUGAAAACACAUUUACCAAAAAACCCUCUAGUAUAAUACACUGGAAUUUUAGGUUCUUAAAAUAUCCCACUCAAGAAAGGCCAAAACUGAGCCAUGGGUUCAUUUAGGAAUGGAUGUAUAAUGGUGGUUUGAAAUACAUUCUUGUAUGUGUACCUAAGCAAAGGUCUCAACAAACUGCAGAUAGAAACAUAGGAAGCUGCCAUAUACUGAGUCAGACCCUUGGUCCAUCUAGCUCAGUACUGUCUACACAGACUGGCAGCGGCUUCCCCAAGGUUGCAGGCAGGAAUCUCUCUCAGCCUUAUCUUGGAGAAGCCAGGGAGGGAACUUGAAACCUUCUGCUCUUCCCAGAGUGGCUCCAUCCCCUAAAGGGAAUAUCUUAUAGUGCUUACAUGUGGUCUCCCAUUCAAAUGUAACCAGGGCAGACCCUGCUUAGCUAGGGGGACAAGUCAUGCUUGCUACCACAAGACCAGAGUGACUUUCUAAUGGCUGUCACAGAAUACCAGCAACGUUCUUCUAAUUAGACAAGAAAUUAGGGGGUGGGAAAUCAUCAGCUCCAUUUUGAGAGAGGCAAAAAGCCAGUUUCUGCCUGCCACAAGUUCCACAACUCUUUUGUUCUCAGUGGUCAAUGUAUGAGAUAUAAGGGAUUCUUAGAGGAGUAAAUACAUCACUUCUGCCUGAAAAUAUGCUCCACAUGCAAAAGAGUUUACCUUGACUUUUCCUUUCCUCUAUUCUGAAAAUAAAGCGGAAGUUGAGGGAAGUUAAAUCUUCAGGCUGCAGAUUACUACUACUGAUAUAUAUCUUGCUACUUACUAGAGUUUCUGGUAGCAUGGAUAUGGGUAGUGUAUUGAUGAGAUGAGAGACCUAGAAGAAUGUGCACCUCUGGGAGCUGGGAGGCUCACCCCAUGUGUGUGUUAUGAUAAAGAUCUGAUUACUAACCACUACUCAGAACAUAAAGUCUGCCUUCAAUGAUUAUAACUGGUCAGCAAGUAACUAAAGCUCUGUGAGCCCAGUCAUAAAAGGAGACUAUCAUGUGACUGGAUUAUUUCUGCUCUGACUUCACUUCCUUCAAAUUGGCCUCUGUGAGGAAUGACCAAUUCUACUGCAUCUCUCCUGCAGCUGAAACAUUGGAGAACUACCUGUCCUCACCCACAACAGAGACUCCUGCAGAGACAAGGGCUCCUCUGUGCAAAGUGUACUUGAGCUAUCAGAAACUUGGGGAAUCGCUAAAGUAGACAAAUGAAAGGAAGUAUUAAGAUUUUAAGUUCAUAUCACAGAAGAAGUUUAUAUCCGAUUAGUAACUGGAUUUCAGCUUUCAGAAUCUCAGGCUUCUAUGCCUCCACUCUCCCCCCAACACCCCUUCCCCUGCCACCAAGUAUUAUUAAGCUUUGUAAAGCAAAUUUUGCACAUAGGUUUCCAUGACAAUUGAAAGGUAUAUUUCUACAGCUUUCAUGACAUCUUUUUAGUUAAUAUUUUGUUAGUUUAGAUAUGACUGCUUGUAGAAUCUAAACACAAAUGGCUUUAUUAAGACUUUUGGCAAUAAACACUGCAGUGGUUGUGGUGGUAGACACCUGUAUAAAGAGCAAUUAGAUCAUCAUUUAAAUCAGUUGACUACAUGGUUAUUUUCUCCUCUACUCUGUGUACAAAUUAGGUUAAUUUAUGGAAGUGUUCAACAAUACAACUUCCUCUCAACAGCUGACACUGGUCCAAAUAGAUGCACCUAUAUUAAUACAACAACUUCAAGUAGACAAAACAAAAAACUGGGAGAACCAAGUUCAUAAAUUGUAUUUGACUAAAAUUGUUUUAAUAUUGCAGCUUUAUAAAACAAUGUGCUUCCUUUAUAUAUAUAUUGAUGUAUAUGUAGCUCGAAUACAAGUUGGUUUUGUUCUUUUUAAGCUAUGUUGAAAUGCCUUCCGGCUUUGCUCACUCGAUUUCACACUACGAACCAGCUAUUUGCAAAUACCACUUUGGAAAUAUUUAAAUACAAACUAAUUUGUAAGCAUUUCUCAAUAAAAAGUCUACAUCCACAAGAA